CAGCUUGACACGAGGUAGCCUGAGAGACAACCAUGGCGGGCAAGUCAAGGGAAAAUGCGCAGGCGCAACAGUCCUGGUACGCAGGCGCAGGAUGCUGCUGCGGCGGGGCAACGUGAGGCGGAACGCGCAGGCGUACUAGGUGGUGUGCGCUCCUUGUUUCCGCCGGGUUCACCCGGAAGUCCUUGACAGCCGCUGUCUGCGGUUUGGCAAGUGUUUCCGGAAGCUCGGACGGGGUCGUGAGUCAUGUGACGUUGGCUGGCAGAGGAAGCUGUGUUUGAAUCUGCUGCUAAAGGGCUGUGAGGGACAGUCGGACAGCCGAGAAGACCAGGAGCGGAGGUCGGAACAGCGCGGCAUGGCGGACGACCUAAAGCGAUUCCUGUAUAAGAAGUUACCAAGUGUUGAAGGACUCCAUGCUAUUGUUGUAUCAGAUAGAGAUGGAGUACCUGUUAUUAAAGUGGCCAAUGACAGUGCCCCAGAGCAUGCUUUGAGGCCCGGCUUCUUGUCUACUUUUGCCCUGGCAACAGACCAAGGGAGCAAACUGGGACUUUCAAAAAAUAAAAGCAUCAUCUGCUACUACAAUACCUACCAGGUGGUUCAGUUCAAUCGUUUACCUUUGGUGGUGAGUUUCAUAGCCAGCAGCAGUGCCAAUACAGGACUGAUUGUCAGCCUAGAAAAGGAACUUGCUCCAUUAUUUGAAGAACUGAUAAAAGUUGUGGAAGUUUCUUAACUAACUGUGGUUUCAAUGUGCACCUUGUUCUCAUUAUAACAACACAGUAUCAAUCCAGAAGUCUUUAGACCACAGUAGUCAUUUUAUCCAAUUAUUCAGGAAAGGGCCCUCUUUUCCAUCUCCUACUAAAGAAAGAACCUAAAGAUGGAUGGUUGCAUUUUCUUGUGUAAGCUCUUUUCUUGUUUAGUGAGAUCUGGGGUAACCACGGAAGUGGUUCAGUCUACACAGCUCCCAUGGAGUUAGUCCAGCCUCCAGGUUAGGAUGAGAAUCUACUCAUGGAUCAGAAUCACAGUGGCACCUGAUCCGCUUGCUCCCAGGCCUUUGCAUGGUGAGGAGUAAUGAGAACAUAUUUUUCUUCUUAUGCUUUAUUUCUUUGGAUUGAGUGUGAGGAAGAUAAAAUGGCUUCGUAAAGUUAAUAAAAUCAGUACAAUCGCUAACUUUCCUUUGUAUAUAUUAUUUUGCAGUAUGGGUGAAUAUUACUAAUUAAUUUGGUUCUCAGAGAAUGCUGCUGUUUAAUAAAAGGAAAAUCAUACUUUAUGGUUUUCUUCCUAUUCUGCUUUCUAUAACCAAUCAGUGUUUUAAUGUUUAUGUGUUCUUUAUAAAAUUUAAAUAUGAUAUGUUGCUAAAUUUU